GACAGUUCGCUCGAGGUGUUUUGUCUGGUCGUUUAGUAAAAUUUCGUGAAUUUACUAGAGGAUUCGACUAUUCAACUACUCGCGCAAAACGCCAAGAAUUUCACAACGCUUUUAUACUGAUUGUUUUUGGUGACACGUUUUGUUGGUUUAUUGGCUGAUUGUUUCGCGUUCGGCGAAAGCUUGAAGAUGUCUCUUUUCGGGUCGCUGAUGGCCGACGUGGAGGAUGAUCCGUUUUUCGGGUCGCACAUGCGCCACAUGCGGCAGAUGAACAACAUGAUGAACUCAUUGUUUUCGGACCCGUUUGGCAUGCUAGGAGAGGUGCCUCUGGCCAUUGGUGGGCCAAGGCAUGGGAGUGCACUAAUGCCCUUCAUGCCACAGAUGCCUUCGCUGAACAAGCUCUUCUCAGGUGACAUGUUUGAUGGGCACAUGGGAGCCGGCAGUUCCUUCAGCAGCAGUACUGUUGUCAUGUCCAGUGGACCUAAUUUCAAGCCACAGGUAUACAGUUCUACGAGCAGCACAAAGAUCGGGCCGAAUGGUGUCAAGGAAACGAGAAAAACCCUGCAGGAUUCCCGCACUGGUACCAAGAAGAUGUCUAUUGGACAUCACAUUGGCGAGCGCGCUCAUUUAAUUGAGCGCGAGCAGAAUUACUACUCCGGUGACGCCGAAGAACACCAGGAGUUCAUCAACAUCGAUGAAGACGACGCAGAAGAGUUUGACAGGGAGUUCCAAAUGAAGGCGGGCGCCGCAUCUGCGCCCCGCUACCGCAGCGUGCAGGCCGGGCGUGCGCCCCCGCCAGCGGCGCCCCAGCGCCUGGCGCUGCCGCCCGCGCCCUCCACGCAAACCUCCAAUAGCGAAGACACUCGCCGACAUAGCCACAGCGCCAGUAGCCUCAGUCACAGUGGCCACAGACACAGUGGUCACGGCCACGGUGGCCAUAGCCUGAUUGCCCACAGCGCCAGUGGCCAUACCGCCAGUACCCACAGUCAUAGUGGCCACAACACCGGUGGCCAUAGCCCAAGUGGCCACUACCGACCGAGCGUGCGGCGCCCGCUCCGACCUACAGCCAGUCCCCUUACGACGAGCAGCAGCGUCCGCGACAUGUACAGUGGUGCGCAGCCCAACCGCCCCCGCCACAAGCACCACAAGCCAACGCACACGCAUGCGCACGCGCCGCGCGAUCAUUGAACUACUAUCGCUUGAGGUAAUGCAAGAGACAAAAGACGCGAAUUACAAGCCGAUAAAUGAUGUCCCAUGAUAUGAAAUCUCCAUAGAUGUAAGAUAUUAGACCAUACCUAUUGGUUAGUUAUUGAUGUAGUAUUUUAGCAGCAUAUUCAGCCAGUUAAAUAAAAAUUAAACCAAACUUGUAAAGCCAGUGAUGUACACCAAGUGUGAAAGGUCGGGGAAGUUCCCGUUUGUUCUAUAGAACAUGAUGUUAUCGUACAAAACGAGACAUUGUUUGUCAGAUUUUUUCUAUAGAACAGUAUCGUAUCUGAAACUAAAACACUGUCGUAACUCGAAGUUGUGGAAUUGGGAAAACACGAGUUGAAGGUUCGAACUAAGUGAAAGCAACAAAUUUAUAUAUCAUAUUAAUGGAGAGCUGAGUAAAAUCGCGUUAAUCGAAAUUCGCGUAAACGGGAUUGUUCUUUUUUGUGUGGCCCGCCCUGUUUAAUACAUAUUUUUUUGGUCACCCUAUUGUCUCUAACUUGACCUAACGACUGUUACCAGGGAUAAAACGGGGUUUGUACCCCUUUUUAUCCCUGGUAAUUCGAUUAUCCGAACAAGAAGCUAAAUAUUGUAACGAACGUGCUUUAUUUGCGUAUCUAAAUCUUAGAAAACCAUUGACUUACAAUUAUAUGGACGUCGGGUCCGCGCUAAAAAGUGUCCGCACUUGUAAGGCGCUAAAAUCGUAUACAGAGCGCGACACUCCGCUUUAGUCUU